AUGGCAAUCUUCUCCUUUCUCUUCUACAAGACAUUUCUCCGAAGAACGUCCGAUGCACUCAAGGCUGUGGAAUCAAAGGCGAAACCCGCUAAGCUUCCGCUGGAGGUCGUGCCGAAGCCAGACCUAGAGACCGGUGAGCCAUCGAAAUCUACGCUGGAUGACAAUGGAGAUAAGUCUCGAGCUAUGCCAGUACAGGUAGCAGCGGAAAUUCUAGCACUGGAGGAUAAGAAAAACGAUGCGCUGGAGGCUGUGCCGGAGCCUGAGAAGGAGCCAUAG